AUCUUCUGCAUGUGUGACAAAAUUGACAUUGACAAGUGACAUUUCUGUGACCAUCUUUCGAAAACGAAAAACCUUUUGAUUAUCAGGCAUCCAAAUUCUUGUGAAGCAGGCUUAAAUUGUAAAUAAAAUGGCAUUCAGAACUACUGCAGUAGCACGUAGUGCCCUGAAGAAAUGGGCUUACAACCUUUCAGGAUUUAACCAGUAUGGUCUGCUGCGUGACGACUGUCUCCAUGAGACGCCUGACGUCAAAGAGGCUCUCCGCCGCAUCCCGCAGCACGUUGUCGAUGAACGCAACUACCGCAUCGUCCGUGCUGUCCAGCUUUCCAUCGUGAAGCAGAUCCUACCCAAGGAGGAGUGGACAAAGUAUGAAGAAGAUAAACUCUACCUUACUCCGGUUGUCGAACAAGUGGCGAAGGAAAGACAAGAGCGUGAGAAAUGGGAAAAAGAGUAUUAAUUUAACCAUAUUUUGCUUAUAGCUGUAAGAGUAAUGUUACUAUUUAAAAAUUAAUAAAUAUAGCAUAUUAAGUUCA